CCAAAAUGAUGUAGUAAAAACUUAUAUCAGAUCUAAAUCCAAAGUUCAGUAUACACAUUCCGAUGGAAAACAAUCAGAUAAUUGUAUCAGAUGAUGUAUUUCCUGAUUUUAAAAUCAACAAUACUGAAUUACAGAUCUACUCAUGGAACUUAUUUUCCGUUCUACUAUCAACCGGACAUCCGGUUACUCCGAUCCAAUUAGCAUCUCGAUGCAGUUACUUUGAUGCGAAACCUGAACUGAUUCAAUUUAUUUGCUCUUUGACUAACUCUCCGAUUUCGUUGACUACCGACGGAUUCGUUGUGGUUUCGCGUGCUGUUUAUUCACGUUUACAGCGGUUUUUGAAUAAUUCGAACCGAGAUUUUCACGUUUUUGUUUCAGGUAGCCGGAAACGAAGGAGAUCGGAGUCUAAUGUUUCAGGAACAGCAGAUGAAAUGGAGCUUGAUAUGCAGCUUAAAGUUCUAAAUCCUUGUGGACAGAUCCAUAUUUAUGCUGCUGAUGCUGUAAGGAGGGUGAUCAUAAACAAGGAAAAUUUGUCAGCUGGUAUAUCUAAUGACGAUGGAUCAUAUAAAAUGACGGUUGGGAUGCCGCCGGUCAUGAAUUCUGAUGCUGGGCUAGUGACUUAUAGAUUAAAUGACGGCAAAUGUGAAGGUGAAAGGGAGAUGAGUAUGAUUUUGAGCAUGAAUGAGUUUGAUAUAAAAAAUAGCUUUGUAGGUAAUGAUACUUGCAUUAGGUUUCCUAGUCCUAAUACCAUGGUGCUUAGGAGUCAUUUUCCGAUCCAGUUAUUUUAUAGUAGAAAUGCAUUUUCAUAUGUGGGGUCUGAAGAUAGAAAAGGUGAUGGUUGUUUGUUGAGCAAGAAGCUUAGUACAGUGUCUUGCCAAUCAAAUGAUAAUAACAACGUAACCUCUAUAGUGAAGGCUUUGAUUGAGGAUGGUUCUUCUGCUGCCAAUAAUAACUCAUGUGAAGGAGAGAUAGUAGAGGAGGGAAGAGAAUGCUCUAAAGGCAAUGCUGUAACUUUGCUAAAUAACACAGGUCACAGGGCAACAAUACCCGUGUUCAAUUUCGGAAACCGAAACAUUUUGAGUUGCAAGGACAUGGCACAUUGUUUUGGCAGUGUAGAAAAGGCAUCUUGCCAAGCAGUUAGUGAUCAGAACAUAGUUUUACCAGCAGAUGCUAAAAGUUUGUGCAUGCAUGAUGCUCACAUAGACAACUUACUGGAGGAAGUAAAAGUAAGUUGUGGAAGAGAGGAAUGGUUAGCUUCUUCACAAAAUGGAGAACAAGAUCAUGAAAAUUUUCCAAUGAACAUCGAUGUGAUUUGUAAAGAUGACCGUACAUUGGAUAACAGUGUCAGAUGCAAAGAUAUUAGUACGAGUGCUGAGCUGAAUUUGAUAAAUUCUCCAAAGGAGCUCAUCUCUUUCGAUCAAAAGCAUUUGCCAGGAUCUGCUGCAGAUAUGGAAGCUGUUUCAAAGGCUACAAAUUCUACAGUGCAAAAAGUCUUUAUAACACGAAACAAGGGAAAUGAUGCUGGUUCACAUACAAAGCAAAAUCAUUGUAGAAAAGACAAGCCAGAAUUGACGAAGCAGAAGUUAAAGCCAACUUGCGACCAGAAGAUGAACACUACCAGAAAACAUGAUAACUUAAAAGAAAAUAGGGAAAAGGCUCCUACCAUUUCUAUGAAAGGGGAUUCACAAAAAAAAGAAGUGCCAAGGUUUGAUUCUUUUAUUGUGGAGGAAGAAGAAGGCUCAGGAGGUUAUGGCACAGUGUACAAGGCUCGAAGGAAAAAUGAUGGAACAACGUUUGCUGUCAAAUAUCCUCAUGUAAAUGCUAAUAGACACCAUGUUUAUAACGAACUAAAAAUGCUGGAGAGAUUUGGCGGCAAGAACUUUGUGAUUAGAUACGAAGGCUCAUUUAGAAGUGAUGAUUCCCAUUGUCUUGUUCUUGAGCAUGUUGUGCAUGACAGGCCUGAGGUUUUGAAGAGAGAAAUAGAUGUUUUACAUCUUCGGUGGUAUGGCUACUGUUUGUUCAGAGCACUUGCUAGUCUUCAUAAACAGGGAGUAGUUCACAGAGACGUUAAGCCUGGAAAUUUCCUUUUCUCUCGGAAGACCUUUAAAGGCUAUCUCAUAGAUUUUAACCUUGCGACUGAUUUGCAUCAGAAGUUUGGAUCUACUGGAAAAUCCAAGUCGCUCUAUGAUGCAAGUUAUGGGAUUGUUCAUCCAUCUGAUCCAGAAUCCCUCCCUUCAAAGAAUCGGAAAUAUACAAAUGCCAAAACUUUAGAAGCAGGGAUGCAUUCUAAAUCACUUUUGUUCCCAAAGAACUUGAAAAAGAAAACAGAUCAAGUGAAGGACCAUAUGAAGAGUGUGAUGAAAAGCCAAGGUGCUGAUGGUUCUGGAAUAACCUCUACAAAGGAUGCGACAAGCAACAGAGUUCCUUCAGCAGAACGCUUUAGACAGCCUAUUCCCUGCAAAGGCAGAAAAGAACUUCUCAACCUGGCACAUGAAGCAAUGCAGAAUCAUGAUCACGCAACAAGUACUCUAGGCUCAAAGAGAAAGAGAAUUGCUGCUCCUCCAGCAAAUUUUGAUAAUAAGUUUUUCUAUCUCACUCCAAUGCCUCUGCAAUGUCCAGGAGUUGCUGAAUCUGGUGCCGGGUCCCUCAAGUACAAAGGGGAAGGGAAACAAAGGAAAGAUGGACCGUGUGUUGGUACAAAGGGGUUCAGAGCUCCAGAGGUAUUGUUGAGAUCUAUGUACCAAGGCCCAAAAGUUGACAUAUGGUCUGCGGGGGUCACUUUACUAUAUUUCAUCAUCGGAAGAACCCCCUUUGUUGGUGAACCUGACCAGAACAUGAAGGAGAUUGCAAAGUUUAGGGGUAGUGAAGAUCUAUGGGAAGUGGCAAAGUUGCAUGACCGUGAGUCAUCAUUUCCACCGGAACUCUUCCAAACACAAUCAUUGGACUCCACUAAACUCCAAGUAUGGUGUAACCAAAAUACAAGACGCCCAGAAUUCUUAGAGGAUAUCCCAAAAUCACUUUUUGAUCUUGUGGACAAGUGCUUGACAGUGAACCCACGAUCAAGAAUUAGUGCAGAAGAUGCUCUCAAACACGAGUUUUUCAUGCCAUGCCUCGAGGAACUUGAGAAACAGAGGUUGCGGAGGCAAAGGCUUAGCUUGAAAUCACAAAGUUCACAGCCUGUGACUUAUGAAGCUCUUCCGUGAACCGCUCAGACUCAGGAGUUUCACAUGCUUGAGUUUGAUCCACAUGCUUGAAACAUACGGGUUUGCAAAUCCUAGAAAAAAGAGUUUGCCUAAUAAAGUUAGGAGGAAUCUUAGCAAGUUAAAUUCAUGCUAGCUUCUUAUUUGCUAUCUCAUAUGGUGUGUAUGGUUGUAUUUCUGUUGUAGGUUUCAGUCUAACAAAGUGUAUCAGGUGAUUCACCAUUCUAAAGAAGUGUUAAUAUAACUGUAAA